AUGAGCCUACCCGCAGAUCAUGAGCAGAUGCUAGAUCUGAUGAGGAGCAAUUGCGAGGAAGGGUAUCGUUGCUUGUAUUCGGCAGCCGCUGGUUCCCAGAGGAUCGACGCGUGUUGUGCGAGGUGCCGUAUCGUGUUGGAAGCCAACGAAGGCUCCGUCGUAUCAGCAACAGAGGAUGCUGUACUGCGAUCGGUGAGCGGCAGCAAUACGGUCGGCGCGCUGAAGGAUGCACGACGCGAAGGGGAUGGUCUAAGGGCUGCUAUGGAUGUGAUGGAUGCGCUGAAAUGGAAAGUGUCGUUGAAUGCUGGGCCGGGUCGGAACGAGAGCGCGGAAAAGUACAGUGAAAGCCGACGAAGGAGGUGA